AGUGGAGCGGCAAUUAAGGCGCGAUGACAGCCAUCGAUACGCUCGUCACCAUGUGGCGAUUUUUGUUUACCAUCGCUCCGUCGGCCUAUAUGCUGUUGCAGCUGAACAUUGGGAUUAUGGAGAGGCGGCCGGAUAUUGUGGACGAGGCACAUCGAGUACGGACCAUACACAUUGAGCAGUUGCGGGACAGCUAUGACUUCGUGGUUGUGGGCGGUGGCAGCGCUGGCUGUGUGCUGGCAGCCCGCCUCUCCGAGAAUCCCCAGUGGAGCGUGCUGCUUUUGGAGGCUGGCGGCGAUGAGCCAGUACUCAUGGAUUUGCCGCAAAUGUAUCCAGUAUUUCAACGCAGUCCCUGGGAUUGGAAGUACUCGGUUGAACCUUCAAAUCGUUACUGCCUGGCCAUGGAGGAUCAGCGGUGCUUUUGGCCGCGCGGCAAAGUGCUCGGCGGCUGCAGCUCCAUCAAUGCCAUGAUGUAUAUACGCGGCAAUCGACGCGACUACGACCAUUGGGCGGCGCUGGGCAAUCCCGGUUGGCAUUACGACAACGUGCUGCAUUAUUUUCGCAAAUUGGAGGAUAUGCGAGUUCCUGGCUACGAGCGCAGCCCCUACCAUGGCCACGGUGGCCCCAUUAGCGUUGAGAACUACCGCUUCGCUUCGCCGUUGCGCGACAUCUACAUGGAGGCGGCCAGAGCAUUGGAUGUUGUGCAUCCAGAUGGCGAUUUUAAUGGACGCACCCAGACGGGAUUUGCGCCACCGCAUGGGACGUUGCGCGAGGGACUGCGGUGCAGUGCCAACAAGGGCUACAUCCGACGCAGCUGGCAGCGUCCGAAUCUGGACAUUGUUCUGAAGGCCUUUGUGGAGCGCGUGCUCAUCGAUGCACGCAGUCGGCGCGCUGUGGGUGUCGCCUUCGAAUACGGCCUGGUUAAGUAUAAAGUGCGAGCGACGCGGGAGGUUGUGCUGGCGGCGGGCGCGCUCGCCAGUCCACAGUUGCUGAUGUUGAGCGGCGUGGGGCCGCGCGAGCAACUGCAGCCGCUGGGGAUUGAGGUGCUGCAGCAUCUGCCGGGAGUAGGUGGCAACCUGCAGGAUCACAUAUCCACAUCUGGCGCCCACUACACUUUCGACAGCGGCACCCCUGGCAAGCACUUGUCCUUCAUUGUGCCGGAGCUGCUCAAUAUCGAGUCCGUGGAGGCGUUUGUGAGGGGCACUGAUAGUUUCUUUUAUGCGAGCCCCGUCAGCGAGGUGAUGGGCUUUGUGAGCACCAAGUAUCAAGAUCCAGCACUCGACUGGCCCGACGUCCAGAUCUUCCUGGGCAGCUAUGGCUAUGGCGCUGACGGCGGCAUGGUGGGCCGUCGAGGUGCCGCUAUUACAUUGGAAAACUAUGCCGACUCCUUCGAGCCAAUGCUCUAUAGGGACUCUUUUGUGGUUGCGCCGCUGCUGAUGCGGCCGCGUUCUCGUGGCUAUCUGCAGCUCAUCUCGAGCGAUCCGCGCACUCAUCCACUCAUACAUGCCAACUACUACGACCAUCCACUGGACAUGGCCGUUAUGGUGGAGGGCCUUAAGUUUGCCCAUCGCCUCACCCUGACGCCCGUCAUGCAGCGCCUGAAUGCCACACUGAACAUCUAUGAGUGGCGCAACUGCCCCGAGGUGGAGUACUUGAGUGACGCCUUCUGGGAGUGUCUGGCACGUUUCUACUCCCAGACCAUCUACCAUCCGGUAGGCACUUGCAAAAUGGCGCCCAACAGCGACCCCUCUGGCGUUGUCGAUCCGCGUCUGCGUGUCCGUGGCAUUCGCAACCUGCGCGUCAUCGAUGCCAGCAUCAUGCCCACCAUACCCACGGGCAACACUAAUGCGCCCGUUCUCAUGGUCGCGGAGCGCGGCGCGGACAUUAUCAAGGAGGACUGGCGGCACUUUUCAGACGGCGGCUGGCAUUAGCAAUAAAUGUAGAAUUACUUGUACUUAAGCAAAAAUAUAAAACAUUGCCUUGUUUCAA